CCGCCCCCGCUACUACACCGGGGCCGCCGCCAAAGCCCGGACCGGAGCCCCGCCCGCCCAGGCUCAGGAGCGGCGCUUCGCGCUGGGCGGAGCCCCACGGAACAAGCCCCGCCUGCCGACGGACGAGCGACCGCGUGGACACGUGGCUGGGGGCGGGGCUGGACUUGGCUAGGGCGGCCCCGGCAUCCGCGCUCCACUUCCGCCUCCUAGCGCAGCCCCCUUCUUCGGCCCGGCCCGGCGUGCACCUCGGGGCCUAGGACCCAGCCAGUUGGCGUUUGCAAGGGGAGCCGCUCCGGGUCCCGCCUCGGAUAGGAAGGUUGAGGGCUGACGCUCACGCGAGCGCCAUGUGGGUCCUAUGAAGGAAGAGAAACCGGAGGAAGAAGAGGAAGAAGACCUAAAAUCCCUCAAGAGCCGCGCCCCCCCCUCCAACCAGCACGUGGCUCCACUCCCUUCGCCCCCCAAGUCUUUUGCAAUUCCCGCGGUGCCCCGCCCCUGGGCGGAACCUGCAGGAGGAAGCUCCGGGAGAGAAGGCGGGGAAGAAUGGAGCAGCGAUCCUCUCCCAGAUUUUGCAGCCGAUCCUCCCCCCGCAGUGCGUUCGCAUUUCAUUAGUAGACGUCACCGGGCCUCGGGCCAAUGGGCGGGCAGGACAACACGGCAUGGAGCAGCUCCACAUGGACACCCCGCACCGUCGGCCGCCCGUUUAAAGGGCCAGUGCCAACCAGAGUCGACGAGCGGCUGCGGGCUCCCCGUGAUCGCACCCUGUUCCCCGGUGUCUCCUCCAGAGCUGCGGGCAAAGGACAGCUCAGGACCGAUCAGCGCCCCAAUCCCAAACUGCACCCCCUUUGGCCAUCCAUUCAGUGCGGGUGUCCGAACGCCUAAGACCCGGUACCAGGAACAGCUCCCGGUCUGGGAGGAGAUCGCCCCCCCCCCCCAAACCCAAAAAGCAGGCCACAUGACCGCCGAAAGAACUGGGCAAGCCAGUCCCGGGCCCGUCCCCAACCGCUGGGCCCGCAGCUGCUUGGGGGAAGAGGCAGAGUUUUAGAUCCAGAAUCUCGGCGGUCAGCUCCCCUAAGGCAGGGGCUGUGUGGCCUUCCUCUUGUGUACACACACACACACAAAGACACUCUCUCUCUCUUCUCCCCUCCCCCAAAGGCACACCUAAUGCUCCCAGACUCGGCCGGGCCAAGGUACUGUUCUCUGAGCUCCUUUCCUCCUCUUAUCCAACUCCCUGGUGGAGGUGAAAGUCCAGUGAGCCAGGCAGUUUGCCCCCCUAACUUGAAUACAAAUGUAAUGCGUUUCUGAUGCUGUCACAGACUAAACUAUAAUCGCCACAGUUCUUGUAUCUUUAAGAUUCUCAAAUUGCUCUCCUUACAUUGAAACUGGAGGGUUAAUUCAAGUAUUAUAUCCAGUUAUAGAAGUAAACUGAAAAUCGUGGUCAUCCAUGAAAAAAGCUCGAGUCCGAAUCUGAGUCUCUUUCACACUCUGUUGUCUCAUCAUUGCAGCUACAGGAUUCUGAUUAACUUGGGUAGAAAUGACAUCUUAAGUGGUUGGAUGGUCAUUCUCGGAGGGGAGAGUCUCCCUCUCCCUGAGAGGGGCAGUCCCAUAUCACUGACACCUCUUCUCCUAAAAUGAGCCCCCUGCAGUUUGCCUGGAGAGCAGGACUUGGCACAUCCUGAAGCCUCAGAGGACAUUUUAUGAUUCUGGACACCAAGGCUGUGGGCAGCAGGAAAAGAAAAGGGGUAAGGGAGAUCCUUAGAAAAUGCCGUGGUUCAAAACAGAAUGCUCCACAGAAGUGACCCGAGGCUUAGUUCUGCUUGGGACCCGUGUGCUGCCUUCAACCUAGAGGCCACAGGCAGUGCUUUCCAGCCUGCUCCUUGGAGGGGCACAAGAUCACAUGCUGAACCUGGCCUCUGCUCGCUCCCUCUCACAGGCGAGGCAGGCUGAGAAUCCCACCCAGCAAGAACACAUUUUUGGACUUUACUUUGGGGAACUUCCCCAUUUUGCCCCAGGAAACUGAAGUUCUGGUCACUAAGUGGUUUCUCCCGUCACGCAGCUCAUGUCGGCAGGGGGGAUCUGCUGGCCAAACAACUUCUCAAGAGAUACCACCAAAAAUAAAGUAGGAUUCUGAGCUGAUCUCAAAAGUGAGGUCAAAAGAGGAUUUGGCUUCUCUCUUGCCUCCAGUAACCCAUCUG